GCUAGUACACAUCUGUCAGCAAGCCCAUUAGUUUUUUUUUCAAGACGUUCAGGUGUUACGGUAGUUGGCCGAAAAACACUAGAAGCAUUACACAACUUCCAACCAAGCUGUUGUGUCAUCACCAACAAAUUAAAAAUACAAUCGAGAGCCUUCUAGGACUAGGUACCUAACAAUGGCGGCGCCACCUCCAUCACCAGAUCAGUUUCCACCUGGGUAUCUAGAAGAGGACCACGGCGGGCGAGUGAUUGCUGCCGUUACCACUAUUCUCGUUAUAACCACAGUCCUUUUUGGGCUACGACUUUGGGCAAGAAGCUUGACAACAGCACAGCGAGGAUGGGACGAUCAUGUAUUAAUUCCGGCUUAUAUAUUCUUACUAGCAUUGUGUGGGAGUCUAUAUGCCGAAGUAACACAGGCCGGGCUUGGUAGACAUACCGUGGCGGUGGUGAUGGAAGAUCCCAACAAGGUGACCAAAUAUCUGCUGCUGCUGUAUCUCUUGGAUUGGUUCUACGUCCCGUCCAACAUGCUGUCCCGGAUAUCGGUGGUCAUCUUAUAUCUACGCAUCUUCACCGACAAAUGGGCGCGAGCUGCUUGCUGGGGCGUCAUGGGAUUCUUGAUCGCGAAUUGCCUCGCCACCGUCAUCGCUGCCCAGCUCGAAUGUACGCCCCUUGCAUUUACCUGGGACAAGAGCAUCCAAGGCGGCAAAUGCUUCAACCAGAUACUAUGGUAUCAACUUACCAAUUUCCCGAACAUCAUAGGCGACGUCAUGAUUAUGAUUCUACCUAUUAGAACCGUCUGGGGACUAAAGGCCUCUGUCGGGCGAAAGGCCGGUAUCGCAACUGUCUGCCUGACAGGUAGUAUCGGUAUGAUAGCCUCAUGCGUGCGUACCAGCGUGUUCUAUACCCAUGCGAAUGUGAUUAUGAACGACCCAACAUUUGCUGAUGAGGCAUUCUCAUGGACGGCAAUCGAAUGCGGCAUGUACUUCUCAGCCGCUUGUCUGAUAGGGUUGCGGCCACUCCUUUCUCGCCUGCCGCAUUUCGUCAAAAAGCGCGUCCUAAAUGCUUCCGACAAUGCUGGGGGCACAUACGCGCACCAAACUGAUAAGUUGCGCCUGGGCAGGUACUACAACAGCCAGUAUGCUAGUAUCGUAGGCGACGACGAGUUGGGUCUGCGGAGCCGAAGUGAGAUUCCGCUUCGGCCUACGGUACCACCCGCGCACUUUUCCCGCGAUCCUUACGGUAAGGAUCUAAGCAAAAGCGAAAUUCGCGUAGAGACGAAUAUCGAGAUUAGGAGGGAUUUUGACCGGUCUUAUCCCUGAUGUGGUUUCAGGCGGGAAUUGGGUUUUUUCUUUUUCUUCUUCUUCUGGUAAUUUUAGCGGACCAAGGGAUCGUGGCAUCUCUGUAUGUAUAACAUCCAAAAGUAUAUAAAAAUCUCUAGCUUGAUAUUAAUCUAGAGUGGACUUCUAAACACAA